AAUAUCUCCUGUCUACGCAUCGUCAUCAAUCGAACAUGUACCUGCGAUUCCUGCGAGCCCCACUAGAUGGCGUUACGAUUUUAGUUCCAAAUUCCUCCGCGCGCCGCGCCUCAUGCACUUGCAAAUUCGCUCGACACUUGCGCACACGAUAUAUAACAAAAUUUUGUUUUAUUGUAAACCAAUCGCUGAUUACACGCCUUAUUACUAUCGAAGAAGAUCUUUUAUUCAUCUCCAAACAUAAGUUGGACCUUCAGCGCCGGGUGCAGCGGAAGAAAUCGUUGCGACCAGCAUAAAUCGGACGCACGAACGACGUCACCAGCAAGAACAUCUACGGACCCAUGGUACCAGCAUAAAAAGGUCAGGCCAAUCAUCCUUAUCAAUCCUUAGCCCUUUUCUUUAUUGUGUGCUUCAUUUGUGUUGAUAGUGUUGUAUUGUGUUGUGUUGUGUUGAUACUUAAAUAAUUAAAAACGCGUAAGUUUCUUUCGUCUCGUCGCUACCCUCAACUUAAAAAUAUAAAAAUAUCCUUUGUUAAUCUUAAGUACAAAAUAACGGUUUCCACUGCCUUCCACAAACUACAAAAUGACUAGAACUCCAUCAAAGGAAAGUCGUAGCAGUAGUGAAGAGUUAAUUAAAGAUUUAAACAAAAGAAGAGGUGUUGUUCGCGGUAAAUUUAGACUAUUCAUGAAAUAUGUGGACUCGGUAGAAGUAAUGACUACGACUGAAACCAUAAAAUCAGAAUUACAAACUCGUUUACAAAAAGUAGACUUACUACUAGAGCAAUUUACAGAAAUUCAGGAUGAAAUAGACUUAAAAAUACCUGAUAGUCAAGUAGAAAAAGAACUAUCUGAGAGGGAAUCUUUUGAAACCAAUUACUACGCUUAUGUGACCAAAGCUAAGUGUAUUAUUAACGCAGAUGAUGUUCAAAACAGUUCAAAAAUUUUUAGUAAAGUUAAAUUGCCUACAAUUUCACUUCCAUCCUUUGACGGAUCUUAUGAUCAUUGGUUGGAGUACCGCGAUACUUACCUUUCUCUAGUACAUAACUCUAAAGAAAUAGAUAAUGUGCAAAAAUUCCAUUACCUACGAUCUUCUCUUUCUGGCAGUGCAUUAUUGGUUAUUAAAUCCUUAGAAUUCUCCUCAGAGAAUUACAAUGUAGCAUGGGAGUUAUUAGAAAACAGAUUCAAUAACAACCGUUUACUUGUGCAAACCCAUGUUAAAGCUUUAUUCUCUAUGACGUCGCUUAAUAAGGAAUCACCUAAUCAAAUUCGUAAACUCAUUGAUACCGUUCUCAAAAAUCUACGUUCCCUCAAAAACCUCGGCGAACCAACUGAGUCGUGGGACACGUUGAUUAUUUAUUUAAUUACAUCUAAACUAGAUUCUGUUACUGAACGAGAAUGGGAGACUCACAAAAGUUCAAUUAUAAAUAGUCAAAAUCAGUCAAUUUCACGUACAAGGGUUGAUGAUUUAAUAACGUUUCUUAAAAAUCGGGCUGACGUACUGGAAACUAUUAAUUUUGCACAUAGUAAAUCAUACACAGAUAAUAACAUAAAAAAACCGUCACAGUCACAACAAUCAAACAAAUCACAUAGUUACACAUCAACACAAAAUAAACAACCUAAUAAUAAAAAUUCCAAACGUCCUCGUAUUUGCGCUAUGUGUCAAGCUAAUCAUCCGCUUUAUUCUUGCGAGUCAUUCUUAAAAUUAAAUAUUAAUGAUAGAAUAAAAUUCGUUAAUGAAAAGAAGUUAUGUUGCAAUUGUUUACGCGCUAAUCACUCGGCAGAUGAGUGUUGGUUUGGUCCGUGUAAGCAAUGCAACAAAAAACACAACAAUCUACUUCAUGAUAAAUGUGACGAUAGCGCGAGUGUAUCCACCUCGCCAGUCGUUGCGCAUAAUUCUCAGGCAUCGUCACAGAAUACAACUAGUGGUAAGUCUUUACAUACUGCCACAUUACAUUCUGCAUCUCAUACGACACAUCAGAGCACUACUCAUUCAUUAUUAGAGACUGUCCUGCUGUCUACAGCUUUAGUUGAGGUUGCAGAUAAAAGCAAUAACUAUCACACUACUCGCGCUUUACUAGAUAAUGGUAGUCAGCAUUCCUUUAUAGCGGAAUCAUUAUGUAAACGACUUAAACUCAAUUUAAUACAGUCCACUGUGCAAGUCUCCGGAGUAGGUAACUCGGUGACUAAUUCUACACAAUCUUGUGAAAUUAAUUUGAGAUCUAAAACUACACAAUAUAACACACGCAUGAAGUGUUUAGUUUUGAAUCAAAUAACAGCUCAAUUACCAUGUUUAGGUACAACUUCAAACAUAAAUAUCCCUGAUCAUGUACAGUUAGCUGAUUCGGAAUUUUAUUCGCCAUCAGAAAUCGAAUUAUUAAUUGGGGCAGAUAAAUUCUGGGAACUUUUAACUGAUGGACUGAUUCGCCUAAGUAGUGGUCCAUAUCUUCAGAAUACUCAGUUAGGAUGGGUAAUAUCUGGCCCAUUGCUGAAUAAAAAAACUUCACGCAACAAUCGAGUUCAAUGCAAUUACUCACAAUCAUUAGACGCUCAACUUAGGAAAUUCUGGGAGCUAGAAGAACUACCUCCGCAAAAUAAAUUAACUAAUGACGAGUCUUUGUGUGAAAACUUGUUUUUACAAACUACGUACCGCGAUAACACGGGUCGGUUUUUUGUGCGCAUUCCAUUAGCCGAGCCCAGCGAUACACUGGGAGAUACGUAUGCGCUCGCACUUAAUCGCUUUCACGCACUUGAACGAAAAUUAGAUAAAUCUACGCCUGAAUAUAAAAGGUUAUAUUGUGAUUUCAUGAAUGAAUAUUUGAGUUUAGGUCACAUGAGUCGAGUCAAUUCUUAUCCAUCACCAAAUUAUUUUCUACCGCAUCACGGUGUUUUAAGAAUUCAUAGUAGCACUACGAAACUUAGGGUUGUUUUUGAUGGUAGUGCGAAGUCAACUUCGGGUAAAUCGCUUAACGAUAUUCAGCAUAUUGGCCCUAGUUUACAUAAUGAUGUUUUCUCAAUCUUGUUACGAUUUCGUCAAUUUAGAUUCGUUGCAUGCGCCGACGUCGAGAAGAUGUUCCGGCAAAUUAAUCUACAACCGGAUCAAAGAAAUCUUCAAUUAAUUAUUUGGCGAGAAAAUAAAUCCGAUGAACUCGGUGUAUUUCAGCUUAAUACGGUGACAUACGGUACCGCGUCCGCUCCUUAUCUAAGCAUUCGUUGCAUCAAACAGCUGGCGUCGGAAUGUAAGGAUGACGUCAUAAAACAGGUUAUCAACGAAGAUCUGUUUGUCGAUGACCUAAUUACAGGUAAUGAUGAUAAACAAUGUUUAUUAGAUAUUUGUACCAAAGUAAAUGAUACUUUAAAAUCUGGUUGCUUCCAUUUACGUAAAUGGUUGUUUAAUUCGGAAUCAUCUACAACAGAUCAACAAAAAGAUUUAUCUUUAGGAGAAAAUUGUUUAACUAAAACUCUGGGUAUUGGUUGGUUAAAUUAUUUAGAUUUAUUAUAUUUUACGACAAAAAUUGAUCAAAACUUUACUCAUGUGACUAAGCGCGUUAUCUUGUCCGUUGUUUCACAGGUGUAUGACCCAUUAGGCUUGUUAUCACCCGCAAUUAUAAUUGUGAAAAUACUUUUACAGAAACUAUGGCUUUGUAAAUUAAGUUGGGACGAUCCAGUACCAAAUGAUAUUCUGUCUACGUGGAAAAACUUUAUUGCCACUCUUCAACACUUACAAGACAUAAAAAUUCCUCGUCAUGUCAGGGAAAUAAAUACAAAUUAUACAGAUUUACACAUUUUUUCGGAUGCAUCACAGGAUGCAUAUGGUGCAUGUGCCUUUAUAAGUACAUACAAUGACAACUCACCAGCUACAGUUAGGAUACUUUGUGCCAAGACCAAAGUCGCACCAAUUAAGCCAGUCACAAUACCGCGUCUUGAGCUGUGCGGAGCGUUAGUUGGUGCCAAGCUGUAUCAAAAAAUUGUUCAGUCAUGGAGAUUGAAAUUUAACCACAUAUAUUUUUGGUCUGACUCAAUGAUUGUCAUAAAUUGGAUUAAAAUGUCACCUAAUUUGUUAAAAACGUUCGUGCAGAACAGAGUCGUGCAAAUCAACGAACUGACUGGUGAGUUGCCGUGGUUACAUGUUGCUGGUAAAGACAACCCGGCUGACCUCUUAUCUCGCGGGCUCACGCUCGACGCGCUUCAAAGUACAGAUAUUUGGUGGCACGGGCCAGCAUUUUUAAAGGAUAUGCACAUGAAUUUUAAAUAUGACAACCAGAAUGAAAUUAUAAAUUUAAACGAUUUACCAGAAAUGAAAUCAAAGGUUUUAUUUACACAGUCGACUUAUACUAGUAUUUUUAUUUUCGAACGUUUUUCAAAUUUUAAUCGCAUGAGACGUGCAGCCGCUUACGUGUUACGAUUCAUUAAUAAUGCACGAAUUAAAAGUAAAACGGAACGUAGCAUUGGUCCGUUAACGGCUGAUGAAUUAAAUAAAUCAACGUUAGUUUUAGUACGCUUAGCACAACAUGCAUCAUUUGCAGACAUUUUGAAUCAAUUGAUAAAUAACUUACCUGUAAAGUCGAUGAGAAACAUAUCUAGUCUUGAUGUGUUCUUGGAUUCUGAUCGCAUUAUAAGAGUGGGAGGUAGAUUAGUAAAUUCACGCACCUUCCCAUACAGUAAAAAACACCCUAUAUUGUUAUGUUCAAAACAUACCUUCACGCGACUACUUUUUCAAUUUGAACACAAACGUCUACUCCAUGCUGGUCCACAGCUUCUCUUGGCUACUAUCAGAGAGAGUUGGUGGCCACUCAGGGGUCGUGAUUUAGCUAAGCAGACGGUACAUAAGUGCAUUAUAUGUACUCGCCAGAAAGGGAAGGCACUAUCAGUAAAAAUGGGUAACUUACCCUUUGAGAGAUUGGAACCGGGGUAUCCUUUCUUGCGCUGCGGUGUGGAUUAUGCGGGACCUAUGUUUAUAUUGAAUCGGAAGGGAAGGGGUUCAAAACUUGAAAAAUGUUAUGUGUGCCUAUUCAUAUGCUUUACCACUCGAGCGAUACAUCUAGAAUUGGUCACAAGUUUAACUUCUGAGGCGUAUUUACUUGCUUUAAAAAGGUUCCUAUGUCGUCGCGGAAAACCCGCUUAUAUAUUUUCCGAUAACGGAAAAACAUUCGUAGGCGCACUCAAGGAAUUUUCAGAUUUUUUAAAUCAUAGUGAAAAUGAUAUUUUAAAUUUUGCAGCAAAUGAAAAUAUUAAGUUUAGCUUUAUACCUCCGUACUCCCCACAUUUUGGAGGUUUGUGGGAGGCAGGGGUCAAAUCUUUUAAAUAUCAUCUCCGUCGCGUAGGAAACGUUAACCUCACGUAUGAGGAAUUUUCAACAUUAUUAGCACAAAUUGAAGCCCUCCUCAACUCCAGACCUAUGUAUCCCAUGUCUUCAGACCCAAACGACCUACUCCCUCUUACACCAGCCCAUUUUCUGAUUGGCCGGCCGCUCACUGCACCUGCCUGCGAAGACCUCACAGCUUCGAAUACAUCACGCCUGGUCCGCUACGAGCGCAUCGAACAAAUGAGGCAAAAUUUUUGGAAACGCUGGUCGCAGGAGUACGUUUCGGAACUGCAGACAAGGACCAAAUGGCAGUACAACACCGGCACAAUAGCACCCAAUACAUUAGUGCUCAUCAAAGAUGACAAUUUGCCACCCUUAAAAUGGCGUCUUGGACGAGUCAUAACCACUUUCCCUGGGAAGGAUGGACUAGCACGUGUAGCUGACAUCAAAACAGCUAACGGAGUAAUACGACGGUCAUACCCCAGAUUGUGUCCGCUACUACAGGAGGAAGAACCUUAACUUCUCCCAACUUCUACUUCUGCGUUGGAGGCUGUCACUCCAAGGCGGGCGGCAUGUCUACGCAUCGUCAUCAAUCGAACAUGUACCUGCGAUUCCUGCGAGCCCCACUAGAUGGCGUUACGAUUUUAGUUCCAAAUUCCUCCGCGCGCCGCGCCUCAUGCACUUGCAAAUUCGCUCGACACUUGCGCACACGAUAUAUAACAAAAUUUUGUUUUAUUGUAAACCAAUCGCUGAUUACACGCCUUAUUACUAUCGAA